AUGUUCGUCAUGUCUGAGACGGCGGUCGGCCAUGUGCGCGAUGUGGCUGUCGCCAGCAUACCAGUGCGCCUGCAUGGCGGGCGAGUGCCUUGUCCCGUUGCGGCUGGGCUUACUCUGACGCUCGACACUAAUAAACAAUGUGACGUCGCCGCGGCUGAUAACCCUUCGUCGGCAGGACCAAUUGUUGAUCCCACGGUCGCUUCUGCAACGCCAGCCUCCGCCGCCGCCGAAGACAUUAUGAUCUUUUCAGACUUUUACAAGGGCUCGCGCUCGCCGCUAGCUAGGUUACGCAACGGCACCCCUCAACUGCCCGCCAAACCGCCCACAGCCUCACCCGAUUGGGUUGGCGACGAGUACACCGACCUGCUCAGCAAAGACAAGGCCAAGAACAAAGAGGCUGUUCGUCGCUAUCUCGCCGACAAGGUCCGCUACGACUGGAGAAGAGGAUCAAUCCGCUUCGAUGAUGGGUACCAAGUCGACGAAUCCGAUCCCGACUCUGACGACGAGUCCGUGUACAGCGUCGUCUCCGAAGACAAUAUCCACUGGAGGCCGCGCGCCGAGUGGACGUCCGAUAUCGACGACGAGGGCGAUGGCAGCUCCUCUUUUGGCGACUCACAAUCCUCGCUGCAACUCGUUGCCAUGGCCCGCCAAACGAGGCGUCGCCGCGCUAUACGUGAAGAGGCGUCCUGGAAUCCAGGACUAGCCUGCUUCGAGGCGAGGCGCAAUGUUUGGACCGGCGCAAAGACAGUGCGCGUACGCUCCAAGCCUACUGCUGUCACGCCUGUUCAAAACAUUUCGCCACGCUCUCCCCGCCGCUUUUUUUUUCGCCGCAGCAUGUCCAGCUCGCCGCCCUCCGCCACGGCCGUCUUGGCCGCAACGAAUGCGGCAUCUGCCGACCUCUCCGGCACCGCCUCCGACUCCUCUUCCACCCCCCACGAUGAGCUGCGUAAAGUCGACUCUCGUGCCGACAGCAGUACCGCUAACACACCGGCCACCUCUACCGAGGAAACCCGCACGUACCCGGUCCAGACGUUGCUACCCCUCGCCCAGCCUAUCCUGCCGCCCAGUAACCCUUUGCGCGCAUCCAUCACUCCCAACGUCUACCUUGGCCUCUACGAUAAAGUCAUACUACAUAAUCUCCAGCCGUCAUGUCCCAUCAAUCUCAGCGACAUGCUGCGCUCCUGCGUCACCGGCUGGAAACGCGAUGGAGAGUGGCCCCCUCGUUCCACACCGUACAACCCACCUGAAGCCAGAAAGAAGAGCUCCAAGUCCAAGAAACCCGCUGCUGCAACACCGGCCGCACAACCUACAGAAGCUGAGACAAAGGCCGGCCGAAGAUUGAGCUUCAAUCUGUUGAAUCGCGACAAUGACGAAUCCCGCGCAGGUAAGGGCUUUCGAAAGAGUCUGCAGCGCGCUUUUGGCAUGGCUCCUCCUCCAGGCCUCGGUGAGACUGCUUGA